AUGUUGAAAAUGGGCAUAUUCUUUGUACCCUUCCUUUUGGUGGUUGUCUGCUUGCUGCGUUUAGCCAAUGCCACUGUCCAACCCAGAGCACCAAAUUUCCAGUAUUUUGAAAGGCCCAAAUAUCGUUAUCCCUAUUAUGAUGCCAAUGGACGUGGUAAAUUACUUUACGGCUAUGGUGGACCAGAUUUAUAUCAAUACAAAACCUAUACACCACUGGAGGGUAUUCACUAA